UCUGUGAGGAACACACACUGCACAAUGGACGUGUCAACACUACAACCCAACUUUUACCCCUCUAUAGAACACAUCACAGACUUUCAGAAUGCCUUUUUCCAGGGCCCGAUGGGACACAUGGGCAUGGAAUGUAUACCUCAAUUUCGUCAACCCGUUAUGAACUGUAAAGCUCUUACGGACAUUUCGAAUCGUAUAUAUCCCUCGACCUCGACACAGCAGCGUCCGCCAGCCUUCUACUUCAACCAGGAGGACCUAGAUUUCGUUCUGUUUGGAUAUUACCCGGUCAACACAUGUAACGGAACCCCAUCACAUGCCCUCAGUGGCCUAAAAGUGGGAGAAAUAAGUCACGGCAUUGAAAGAAUACUAUCCCAAAACAACGGUAUGGCUUCACCUUUUCCUGUCAGCACCUGGAAACUAUCCCGCACUGAUCCCCCGCCGCAUGACCUUCCUGAAGAACUGUGUAUUUGUCCCACGACGUUUGCCGGUAUCAUCCACUACGGUGUAUUCUCUCGACGCGAUAUUCUCGUGAAAGGCACGAGAUUUGGACCAUUCAAGGGCAAGGUCGUAAAUACCAGUGAGAUAAAAUCGUUUGAUGACAACAGCUAUAUGUGGGAGAUCUUUAAAGGAGGAAAGCUGAGUCACUUUAUAGACGGCCGAGGGGCUACUGGUAACUGGAUGUCAUACGUCAACUGUGCCCGGCACUCGGCGGAGCAGAACGUGAUUGUAGUGCAGGAGAAUGACUGUAUAUACUAUGAAGUGUACAAAGACAUCCCGAUUGGUUCCGAACUGUUAGUAUGGUACAGUGACGUGUAUAUACAGUUUAUGGGGAUCCCAGUAACAAUGAAGGAGUCCAUAGAGGUCCAGAAAGCAGCGAACAUGGAAAAGGAUGCUGCGGAGGGAUAUCAGUGUGAACGUUGUGGGAAGGUGUUUGCAUACAAGUAUUAUAGAGACAAGCAUUUAAAGUACACGAAAUGCGUCGACCAGGGCAACCGGAAGUACCCCUGUCAUCUGUGUACAAGGUCCUUUGAGAAGAGAGACCGUUUACGGAUCCAUAUCUUGCACGUCCACGAAAAACAUCGUCCACACAAAUGUAGUGUUUGUGGUAAAAGUUUCAGUCAGAGUUCCAGUCUAAACAAACAUAUGAGGGUACAUAGUGGAGAACGCCCGUACAAGUGUGUGUAUUGUAGUAAGUCCUUCACUGCCAGCAGCAUACUGAGGACACACAUAAGGCAACACUCGGGAGAAAGACCCUUCAAGUGUAAGUUUUGUGGAAAGGCAUUUGCAUCACACGCAGCUCAUGAUAGUCACGUGAGACGUACGCAUGUGAAGGAAAAGUCAAACUCUUGUAAAUUAUGUAAUCUAGAAUUCAGCAGUCCCUAUGAACUCAAACUCCAUACCAAGUCUAAACACGAAAAUCUAAUGCCGAACAUUUGGAGUGUGCAAGAUUCACAUCUUCCAGUUUCGGGAUCAAGUCUUCAUCAGCUUCAAGUUUGAUAAUCCAGUCUACCGUUUUGAGUUUUUAAUAUCCUCUCUUUCUCGCCAAGUCUUUGACCAAGAAAACGUUUACUUGUUGGGUUGUACAGACUUGCCUUAUUCUGUGGGCAAGUUUUGAUCACUUCUGACUGGGGAUUUACAUUUUGUAUGCAUGUUCAUUUCGUUAUAAAAAAAUAUCAACCUUACCACGAUAUAUCAAUCAUAACGAGCGAAAUAUUAUAGCGAGAUAUCAUCAUGUCACGAAGUUUCAUCAUAUUAUAAGAUCUCCAUUAUAUCAAAGUUAUGAAUUAUAUGUUCGAAUCACUCCUUCACAGCAUCACAAGAUAAACAAUAUAUUUAUAUAAUGUCACACAUCUUUCGACACAUACUAUCUAUUCCUUAAUGUUAGUAUACAUAAUCUACACACUGCAACCACCAAACAUUAGGUUUAACAGUUAACGUCCUAUUGCGUGCAAGGAAUAACAUUAUCUAUUGAAUCGAAAGCAAAUAAAUCAGUUUUUAAUAUAAUCAAACAAAUUCAUUUAUCAAAAUAACAAAUGUUUGUAACAUUUUGUAAAUACUCUUGCCUUGUAUCGUUCUUGGUAAUCAUGGCGUGUUUUGUACACUUUUAUACUUCCACUACUAUGUACUAUGAUCAGUGUUCAGGUUAUAUUAAUAUAACAAUAAAUACCAAGUGUUCACAUUUCUGUAAUCUGAUAUCUGACACAGUGUCGUUAUGUUCAUGUUUUAAGAUGCAUUUUCCGUAAGCGUGUCGGCAGAUCAAGUUGGGUGUUAUCAUAAACGUCGGUAUAGAGUUAUCGCAGGAUCAUAUUAUCGGAACCCUCCAAGUAUAAGACCAUUUAAGACGUUUCAAGAUAGUUUUCCUAUUACAUGUUAUUUCGACAUUGCAAUAUAUAUAUAUAUUGUUUUGUGAUAUUUUGCUAGAUAUAUGCCUGAUUAAGGUAGUUAUAACAAUGAUAAUGGUCUGCAUGACCACAUUAGACCAAAGGGGAGUAACUCAAGGUGAUUUCUAUGUAAAAUUGUAAAACAAAAAAACGAUACAUUAUGUCUGUCUUUCUGUCUGUCUUAUAAUCAAACAAUAAUUUACGCCAUUAAUAAGGUAAUUCGAGUAGGGCACUUUAUAUCAACGAAAGUUGUCUAAAAACCGAAGAAUAUUGCUUUCCAUAACAACAAUGUUAAUGUAAUGGAGAGCAGCCUUCCAGGUUUGUAACAAAAUAUUAUGAUAAUGCAUCCUCCAAUAUUGUAAUAUCGUGUGUACUUACAAUUGAUAUUAAUUCAUAAUAGAUAACAAUGACACGGUAUUGUAUGUGUUGAUGUUACAAUAUGUUGAUAUUGAUGAACAAUGUUUGUUGUAAAAUCUAUUUUAUUUAAG